AUGACGUCAGGGAGUAGCGGUUUGCGAUUUAACGCGAAGUAAAUUAUAAUGACACGCUCGAAAAUAUUAAAAAAAAAAACGCUGCGAAAUAUAUUUUAAUUUUCUGUUUAUUUUUGCGAUACAUUGCUCGUCUCUUCAGUAAACGAGCUUUAAACGGUUAACCAACUAAUGGAGCGUUUAUUGGAGAAGAUUUCAAAACGUCAAAGCAUGUUCAUCGGCGCACCAAAGCUGCUCCAAAAAAGUGCUAAUUUUUGUUUUGAACAGGCUUGUGCGUCAGGCCGGGCGGCCCGGGUCGGCCUGGCCCGGGCUUUGGGCCUACAAUUAUAAAAAAAAGUCUGCGUGGGCUCGGGCCAGGCCGGGCUUCGAGAGAAAUCUUAAAUUUAAUUUUGAAAAAAUUUCACGGAAAAAUUAUUUUUACUUGUUAAGUCAUAGUUUCUCAUAUGCCGUGUUCAAUUUGAUUCCGCAAAAUGCAAAAUACCCGUCAGAGAAAGGAAAAGAUCAUUAAAUUUUGGAGAGUCAGAGAUCAUUUUGCAUUUCGCGGAAUCAAAUUGAACACGGCAAUAACUCUAUGAGAAAAAAUAAGCAAAAAUACCACUUUUCUCGUUAAAAAAGCGAAAAAUUCGACUUGAAGAGAAUUUGAGUUUUUUGGGCCGGCCAUUUUUGCUUAAGGCCUCCCUAGGGCUGAGCUGGGCUUGCGAAGUGGCCGGGGGGCCGAGAGGUUGACGGGCCGACCCUCGCACAAGCCUGGUUUUGGAGCAAAUUUUUUGCGUUUCGGAACAAUUCUCGUUUCGUGCUGUGAACACGCCAAAAAAGGAUAAUACUUCGAAAAAAGGUGAAUUAUCAACAAAAAAAAAACCGUUUUUCAAGACAAAAAUGAUGAGAAAUUACAAAGUUUGAAUUCGCGCGCCCAGCGUCCCUGCUGAUCUUAGUAGAGCAACGCGAAAGUUGCACCAAUUCUCUUUUUGGGACAUAUUUUUCUAGUUUGGCGCGUUCCUAUGAUGCAAUAAACGGAAAAUUUUUCAAAUCAAAGUUUGUUAUAGGCGUGAACUGCUUUGCAUUAGUACAGUAGACGCAUUUUUUUUCUGUAGCGCUCAGGAUUUUUUCGCGAUAUAGAUGUGCUUUGUCUCGGAAAAAACUUCUUUUUUUCAUUAUGGGACACGAUAUAUAUAUAUUUAAAAAAAUUGAUUAGUAGGCUUCAAAUGACAAAAAGAACGAAGAUUUAUUUUUUUGUCGCAAUUUUUCUGCAUGCGAAAAGUUUUGAUGAGAAAAAAAUCUUUCCGUUUAUAACAUUCAAAAAUAACUUUUUUCUGAUUAUCGAUUGAAUAAAAAAAUUCGACUAGUUAUAAUUUUUUUGCCUUAAAAAAACUUUAACUUGAAGCAUUGGAAAUGUUUUAUCAUCAUUUCUGUGUAAACGUUUCCAUGGAGCGCAUUUACCCCUUUUGUUUUUUGCUUUUCAAAUCGGAGAUGUUCCCCUGCCCGUUUUUUUUUUCCAGUGUUUGUUUUCAUUUUAAGCUGAAUUAGUAUAUGUAUUGCACGAGUUUACCUGUUAUUUUGUAUAUUUAAAAAAUUUCUUGAAAACUACUUUUUUUUAUUAUUUUUCGUUACAACUCUUUAUUAGUUUAAUUAUUUGCAUUGUUUUUGAAAUUGCCUUUUUCGAGUUUUCUCAAGUUCACCUCUUUGUCACAUGCUUUCAUUGAAAACCAAGUUAAAAUUUUUUUUUUGCUCUUGCUUUUUAAUGGCUACGUUGUUCGUUCAAACUUUUUUUGUGUAAAAAAAUUUAAGGUUAUAAAACAUUUUUUUACAGCGCAAUGUCUGAUUUGGAGUGCUUCAAAUGCCACGAGACUGGUCACUACGCCAGGAAUUGUUCUAACCAGGAGAGCAGUGGAGAAAGAGGCGGCGGUAACGGAGAAAGAAGCGGUGGACGAAGAGGAGGUGGAGCUUGAUGGUGUUGAAUAAAGAGGGUUUCACUAGGUAAUUUUUUUUCUCCAUGCAUUUUCAUUCCAUGUUUUUUUGUGUACUGAACAGGUCGUGGAAUCGCUGAUGAUAUUGCCGUGUUCGAAGUAAUUUCCACCAAAUUCAAAAUUAUAACUGGCUCUUCGAAACUUAGUUUACUUAUUCAACAGCUAUUUUGAGUUACGCGGAAUCAUUUUUAACACCGCAUGUCGUGUUUAAAGUAAUUUCGGCGAUCUCAAAAUUUUUGUUCGUUUAAAAUGAUUUCUGGAAAUAGGCUGAACUGGUAUACCGGGAAGGCGCAAAAAAAAGAGUCCAACAAUAAUAAAUCGCUAGAUAUGCAUUUUUACUGAAAAUUCGCGCUAACUGACGUUUCCUACGAAAAUUUCAAAUGCUCGCUUGAAACUCACCCUAAACGUGCAUAUCUAGCGAUAAAUCGUUGUAAGACUCCUUUUUUAUACGCCUUCCCGGAAUACGAAUUUCGCCUAUUUGCCGAAAUCAUUUUUAACGAAUCUGGCGUCUAUUUUGAAAUUGGCGAAAUUACUUUGAACAGGGCAUAAAGGAGAGAAAAUUAUAGUGGAGCUAGGAAAAAAUUUCAUUUUGUUUCUGAUUAUCGUAUGAUCUUUAGGCUCGUGCUACAACUGUGGAGAUAGCGGUCACUUCUCAAGAGAAUGCCUCCAGAAUAGACGCGGAGCUGGUAGCUCUAACUCUGAAUGUUAUCAGUGCGGCGGUCGUGGACACUUCGCUCGGGAAUGCACAAAUGGUGGUGGUGGUGGACGCGAAGGAGGUCAUGGAUAUCGUUCUGGUGGUGGCGGCGGACAGAAAUGUUAUAACUGCGGUAAAACUGGUCAUAUUUCUCGUGAAUGUGGGGAAGGUAGCGCUUCAGAUAGUAAACGUUGUUAUAACUGCCAAGAAACAGGCCACAUCUCUCGUGAUUGUAAUUCUGGCAGAAACUAAUAAUUUUUUUUAUCUUUAUUGUUGAUUCAUUAUUUUCAAAACCUUAAUUGUUAUUUCUGUAUCACAGCCUUCAUCGAGAACGCUUCCUGGUUGUUAACUGUUGUAAUAAAUGGUUGGUUUAACAAAAUACAUGGAACACCUGUUUUAUAACUUUCAAAAUAGUUUUGUUGGCAGAAUAAUUGAAACAGAUAGCAGGUUUCUUUUGGGAUUUUACAUGUUGAGAACUUUCAGGAAAAAAAAAUUAUCAUAAAGAAAGACAUCAUUUUAUCCAUUUCAUUAUGUUAAAAGUAAGUUUUCACAUAGAAAUUUGAUUGAAAUCAUUUAAAAAUUUCUGAUGUAGGCUUGUUCCGCGAGAUGGAGGCGCCGUUAUUUCUAGACCAGGGGCGUGGCUUGCCUCACCGUAAUCUUGUGCGGUGGCGCGCACAUGCCUACUUUUCCUCAGUCAUUUCCUCAUAUUUUUUUUCAUUUUCUUUUUCAUAUUUCUUUCAAGUAUUCCCUUUUGAUUUCAAUAUAACUCCUUCUAUUAUCUAAUUAAAUUUUUAAUUUUCGAAUACAUGGUUCUUCUGUCUUUAGUAUCGUAGACGAAUUUCUUGAGGCCGAAAAUCGUUUUUAGUUUGAAUGAGUGUACGCCAUUGCGAAUAAUUUUAUUUUUGAGGUUCUUCUGCCUUCCCAUAAAUAUUUUUUCAAGUCAUAAAAAGUGAGCUCUUGAUUUCCGUGAAAAAUGUCCUAUUUUGACAAGUUCAGGCCCUUUUUUCUAGUUUCUUUUGAACACUUUGCGAGUGUGUCCAAAGUCCACAGGAAGAGGACUCCAACUAUUUGAUGAAAUCUACAUCGUCGACGACUACUUCUUUUGUCGAAUUAAAAGUUGUAUAGUUUAUUUGCUUUUAUCAUCUCCUCGAAGCAUAGACCGCUGUGCGAAGUGUAGCUACCGCAUGUAAAGAUUGCAAAGCCUAAAUUCAUUCUCAGAAGGAAAGCAGAUAUGAUGAUUUUGCAGUUAACACGAUCUAUUUUGAGAUUGGAGUUACGACGGCUUCUUUUUCCUGGAUUUGAACGAACACCUUCGGUCCUGUGGUCAUGCGCGUCAUUUACCUUCAUCUCCAUGCAAAAUCUUAACGCUGUUAAGCGAUUCUAUCUGAAUUAAAGAAAAUUCCCUAUUAAAUAUUAUGUUCAAGAUACACUAAAGAUAACUGGCUAUUCGGGCGUGAUAUGGAACCUAGUUCGGGAGCGGUACAUCGACAAUCACGCAAAUAUUUCAAUAUCGUCUCCGCGCGGAUCUCGCAUUUAUCUCGCUUUUUCAACGAACUAGCAAAUAUUUGAAUAUUUCCAAAUCGCGAUGUUUCGCCAAGAUAAAUGCGAGGCGGCGCGAAGACAUAGCGACAUGUUUACGAAUUCGUCAAUUUACCGCCAGCGGUUUCCAAGAUAUGGGACCAAAAUUUUGGUUUCCAAAAUUAUGGGACUUUAGAUCUGCGUACACAAGAUUACGGUCCUCGAGAUUUGCGGACUUGAGAUUUUGUCGUACCAUUGUUUUCGCACAAAAAAGGACAAGUUGGCGCGACAUGUAUUGAAGAAAGUUCAAAGCGAACAGUGCCGGUUCACGGCUGGCUUGAAACGCUGA